AUGGCUCCUCGAGUCUGGCACAUUAGCGGCGCCAACACUGGCUUUGGCCUCGAGCUCGCUCUCAAGGCCAUCAAGGAAGGCGACCAAGUUGUUGCCGCUGUCCGGACCCCAUCCAAGGUCCCAGAUAGCCUCAAGAUUGAUGGUGUCAAGGUCUUGCAGUUUGACCUCUCCUUCUCCCAAGAGGAGAUGAACGCCUAUGCCGAGAAAGCCUUCUCCGCCUUUGGACGAGUCGACGUCCUCGUCAACAACGCUGCGUAUGCCUACAUGGGCGCCAUCGAGGAGACAGAAGACUCGCUUGUCAAGAAGCAAUUCGACAUCAACGUCUUUGGCAUUCUCCGCACCAUCCGCUCUUUCCUGCCGGGCAUGCGCGCCCAGAAGUCCGGCACCAUCAUGAACCUCUCCUCCAUCGGCGGGCUACACGGCUACCCAUCCAACGGCGUCUAUUGUGCGACCAAGUUUGCCCUCGAAGGUCUGACAGAGGCUCUCAACGCCGAGAUAGAGCCCUUCGGCCUGCACGCCGUGAUUGUCGAGCCGGGGUACUUUCGCACGUCGUUUUUGUCCGGCCCCUCUGCGGGUGCCAACCUCGCGCCUGCGCUGCCGGUUUACGAAGGGACGGUUGCGCACGAGGCGCGGGCCGCGUUUACCCAGUACAACGGCCGGCAACCGGGGAAUCCAGUGGAAGGGGCGGCUAGGAUCUGGGAGUAUGUUGCUGGCGAGGGGCUGUUCAAGGGCAAGGAGAGGAGACUGAGGCUGCCUCUGGGUAGUGACACGGGCGCGCAAAUGAAGAAGUUUAGCGAGGAGCUUGCGGAGACAGCGAGGGAUUAUGAGAGCAUCUGGAGAAGCACCGACUUUCAGGAUUGA